ACCUUUUGAGGGUUUUCUGAUAAACAGUACUUCGACCAGAUGGAGACUCUUCCAAAUGAAUUCCUCUCUCACCAUCUACCGCUCAUGUUCUUCGCCGGGAUCGAGCCUCAACCCGCCGUCCAACCAUCCAAUCCACCCUCAGAAGAACAACAACCUAGACCACCAUCCAAAGAUCCAUUCGAGGUUUUGAUCGAAAACUUGCGAGCAGUACUAGCAUCCAAGCCAUCUCAUCCAUCGAUUUGGAUCCCCCGAAAGACCCCACAGCCAACGUCUGAUUACAGAGUUCUAUUGGUCCCCAAGUCAAUCAGGUUUCCGCCUCGUAAAACUAGACCUUCGUCCGUCAGCAGUACUACAUCUACCAAUGCAGUCUCUCACUCUCCACUAUCACCGUUAUCCCAAACUUCUCCACUCUUUCCCGACGGGAUAAUGACACCGAUCUGGAUCAGGAAGCAUCGAGAUAUGAUUCCUUCAGUGUUUGUGCUCAUGUUGAAACUAUGGGAACCACCUCAACCACCCAAUCAUCAGAUUCAUACCGACGAGCAUCACGAUCGAGCUGAAUACGAGAAGUUCGACCACGAGCUGAUUUAUGAAAUCUCUGAGCGAAAGAAAACGACUUCUGAACGUGGAAUUAAAUUGGCGGUGAUCAUCCUAACCUCAAGAUACAUGCUGGAUAACCCACAGCUUGAUACGAGACUCAGUUACAUUCGAAAGAAAUCAUCACUCGACACACGUGCCUCUCUCUUCGUCCUAUCACCGGUCCCAGCCCAUGACGUUGUUAACUUUAUCCAUACUCUCAAGGCUGAACUGUACGAAUCUACAAUCGAUUAUUACCGAGAGCAUUCUCGAAGGGUACGGAGGAAACGGACCAGGUCGAGCUCAAACGCAUUUGCCCAAUCUACAAGCUAUCACCAACCAGGACAGCAUGUGAUCACCCCACUGAGCCCUCAAGGCUGGAGCGUGCGGAGUGACUAUAAGUUGGCCACGUUUGCUGAAUUUCGUCAAGAGUAUGAGGUUGCCAUCAAAUCUUACGAAGAUUGCUGGGAAGGCCUACUACAAAUGUUUAACAGUACCGCUGUCUUACCUCCAAGAACAAAACGCUGGGCAGAGGCAAAAGUUUUGGUUGAUUGCAUCAAUUUUAAGAUCUCAAAGCUUUAUUUGUAUUCGAAUGAACCGAAUAGAGCGAUGUACCAGUUCAACAAGCACAUCAACAAGUUUCGGGAGCUUUGUAACGGCUGGGGUAUCGGCGACGAGACAUACGAGUUUUGGGCCUGGCUAUCUAAGCAAUACACUGUUUUAGCCGAUCUCGUCGACAUUGGUUGUAGGAACGGGAUGCGCCUGCCCAACCUAUGUCCUCCGCCGAUUCCAGUGAGCGAAAAGGCUCGGACGAGUUCACCCGUCUUAUCUGAAUCACGCCUGCUUGGUGGUGGGGCUGUUAACUUGACUGGGGUACUCGUUCACCCCGGGUUCUAUUACUUCUAUGGCGCUCAAUGUGCCGUCGAACGACGAAACAAAUUCCAGGCAAGUGAGGCGGCUGAGGAAGAAAUGAGAUCAAUUGCUGAGUCCAAGGGAGAAGCUGGCUCCUUCCAACCUUCUCCUGCCUUGUCGCACGAAAGAAAGAUACACCAUGGGGAAUUGAUCAUCAGUUUGUACACAAAAGCAUACGAGAUCUUCAAAACCGUAGGUUCGAGUCGGAUGACUUUAUUCUUAGCUCUGAAGAUAGCCCUAGUCCAUUACCACCAAAACGAUCAUUCGACGGCCUGGAAAUUCUUCCAGCGAAUCAUUCCGUCCUAUCGCAAAGGUAGCUUCAACACUCUCCUCGAUAGCGUUCUCUAUCUAUCUUACCGGAACUUGAACGCUCUUGUUGCAAAGAAGAAGGACACCUCGAUUCCUGAAUCUGAUCCCAAGGGCAACGAACCCGUUGAGCUGUUGAAAAUCUGUCUGGAACUCAUUGGGAGGGAUUUGUUACUUGCAUCUCCAAACGGUAGUUAUGGAGAUAUUUGUAAUACGUUAGCCGGUUUGAUACAGCCUCUUGCGGAAUCUCCGUCACCGGAAGCUGAGGUAGUAAACCUUUCAGUUGAGCAAUCAGCCUUCCCAGUGCGAUUUCAAGUGGCAUUUUGGGAACCUACUAUUCAGCUCGGGGAUGAGGUUGAAUUUCAAGUUUUUAUGAGGAUACCUCAAACAUUUGCGGAUUGCCAGCCAACCAUGGCCCAAAUCAGUCUGAAGUUUACAUCCAUUCCUGUGCUCACAAUAGUCCAUCAACCGUCUCAAUCAAAACGGCCUGCCCAGAAUCUCGAUGUUGGACUCCUUUCUGAUGAGUCAUCAAGCCAGACACUUGAUCUCCAUGUGACCGAGAAGUCUUAUUGGCUGAUCACUGGACGGUUGAAGCCGUCGGAAGUCAAUAAGAUCACCCUGGAACAAGUCGUAUUUCGUUUUGAUAAUAUUCUCAACAGUGGUCGCUUUGAUUUUUCCAUCGCGCCUGAUACGCCUGGAGACCAAACUUCGGAUCCAUCACUAUGGAUUGAGCAUUUCGAUGACGCGAGUUAUGAGCCAAUCUUCCUUCAUACAGAGAGCUUCGAAUCGGCUUGCAAGGUUCAACACAAGAAGCCCGACGUUUUGUUUUCUCUGGACUGCGAGUCAUGUGGGAUUGUCAAUAAGGAACAGAGUUUACAGAUUGAGAUUUCAAAUCUAGAGGAGGACUCUUUAAAUUUGAAGCUUGCUGUCAAACUGCAAUCUCCCUCUACCAAUGAUCUCCUCGAGAUGGAUGACGAAAGACGUAAUAUCCAGCAAUUCCUGGACCUGAAGCUUGGUAACAUAAAGUCGAAAGAAACUAUGAAGAAGAGCAUAACAUUUGUGCCGACCGAAGUGAUCGGCUUGAGAGUAUUAGAGUUCACUCUAGCGAUCAAAGAGGUCACCGAUGAUCAUAACAACAACGAAAAUAACGAACAGAAGGACAAAGACGAUGAUGAUGGUGAUGAUGAUCAAAAGCUGGACAGCUUGAGAGUGUCUAAAAUCCAUAGGAAAGCCUCAUUGGAAGUUGAAGAUCCGAUCCAAAUCCAGUUCAGCAUUCAGAACUUCCAUCAACUCAAUAACCCCAAUCACCCUAGCUAUUUCAAGUCUUCUAAGUUACUACAUCGCUUUAAUCUUAAUCUCUUGAUCUCCAAUUUCUCCGCACAAAUACAUCAAGCUUUCCUCUUAUUGUUAAAUUCUAUCAAGAUUCAGAGUGUUUCACUUUCCUUGGAGAACGCAUCAUGCCCAACGAGGGUGAUAUCUUGUUCUUUGCCAAACGACGUUUCCUCAGAUUUAGAUAUAGACAUGGAAAUCGGGAAUUCGUUUGCUAUCAGUUAUAUCGUCGAAGUUGAAGUUGAUCAUGCUCAGGAUAGCGUUUCGGGUUGUUCUGUUGCAGUUAGAUGGGUUUGCUCUUUGAAUGGAACCCAAAACUCGCACUCGAAACAGAUUCCAGUAGUGUUCAAGGUACCGAUUCUAGCUCCAAUUGCAGUCCUAACCGACCUCAAAACGCACCUAAAGAUCAUGGAGCCAAUCGAAGUAAAUUACAUGAUCGUGAAUCGAGAUCCGACGAAGACUGCCGAUCUCGUGGUCAAGAUUCCUGAGCCACCGACGAACAGUAAAAAGGAACCAAGUGGCAGUGAAUGGAUCAUCGCUGGCUCGAAGUUGAUCAACUCAAUCUUGGUGUUACCUCGCUCGUCUAUGGUAGUUUCCUUAGUCGGCAUUCCGACGAAACUUGGCCAGAUCAAUGGCCCGAAGGUCGAGGUCUUCCGGCGAAUAAACCAGCGCAGCUUGCACAUGGACUCAUCGAACCGAUUAUCUAGCGAACAACAUCAUCAACCUUCGUUGUCUAGUUUGAAAGACUUGCAAGAUCUCGAUUCGAGCUAUGAUGGGUCCGAUCCUGGCUCUCAAUCGAAUACCAAACUCGUGCCGGUCGAGAUCUUCAGAACUUAUUCUAUCGUCGAGAAGCUCCCAACUGGUAUAGAUCCGAAUUUGAUCGACGACCAACUCAAAAGUCAGAAUCGACCAACCAAAAACCCAGAUCAAAAUUUGAAAGUCUUUGUCUUACCGGCUUAAAUCAUCUGAAACUAUCCUCUUCUCAUAGUAUGCAUAUAUUGUCCCUUUUUGUGUGUCCAUCACUGCGUCUUUCCUCCUUUUCAUGUAUUCUCUAUUAAUGCAUAUAUCUUGGAUCAAAGCCAACAAGACAGUUCACAAGAAAAAAGAAGAAUCAGACAAUAUCUGCCAGCUUGUUCAACUUUUUUGAAUGUAAAUCAUCUCCAAAAAA